AUGCUGCCAGUUCUAGCAGCUCUGAUUGCGGUGGCCGGAGCCCAGGCCACUCUGAGCAAUGCCACGAGUUCGCGAGUGCUGCAGGGUUCCCUUGGCAACGGCUCCAACUGGACGGAGAUGGUGAGCUUCAACAACACUCCGGGCAAGCGCUUGCUGCAAGGUGCCCUGGGCAACAGCUCCAACUGGACGGAGAUGGUGGGCAACAGCUCCAACUGGACGGAGAUGGUGAGCUUCAACAACACUCCGGGCAAGCGAUUGCUGCAAGGUACCCUUGGCAACGGCUCCAAUUGGACGGAGAUGGUGAGCUUCAACAACACUGCUCCAACUGGACGGAAUGGUGAGCUUAACAACACUCCGGGCAAGCGCUUGCUGCAAGGUGCCCUGGGCAACAGCUCCAACUGGACGGAGAUGGUGCCUGGGCAACAGCUCCAACUGGACGGAGAUGGUGAGCUUCAACAACACUCCGGGCAAGCGCUUGCUGCAAGGUGCCCUGGGCAACAGCUCAACUGGACGGAGAUGGUGAGCUUCAACAAAACUCCCAACUUGUGCAAGGUGCCCUGGUCAACAGAUGGACGGAGAUUGAGCUUCAACAACACCCCGGGCAAGCGCUUGCUGCAAGGUGCUCUGGGCAACAGCUCCAACUGGACGGAGAUGUUGAGCUUCAACAACACUCCGGGCAAGCGCUUGCUGCAAGGUGCCCUGGGCAACAGCUCCAACUGGACGGAGAUGGUGAGCUUCAACAACACUCCAGGCAAGCGCUUGCUGCAAGGUGCCCUGAGCAACAGCUCCAACUGGACGGAGAUGGUGAGCUUCAACCACACUCCGGGCAAUCGCUUGCUGCAAGGUGCCCUGGGCAACAGCUCCAACUGGACGGAGAUGGUGAGCUUCAACAACACUCCGGGCAAGCGCUUGCUGCAAGGUGCCCUGGGCAACAGCUCCAACUGGACGGAAAUGGUGAGCUUCAACAACACUCCGGGCAAGCGCUUGCUGCAGGGUACCCUGGGCAACAGCUCCAACUGGACGGAGAUGGUGAGCCUUAACAACACCCCCGGCAAGCGCUUGCUGCAGGGUGCCUUGGGCAACAGCUCCAACUGGACGGAGAUGGUGAGCUUCAACAACACUCCGGGCAAGCGCUUGCUGCAGGGUACCCUAGGCAACACCUCCAACUGGACGGAGAUGGUGAGCUUCAACAACACUCCUGGCAAGCGCUUGCUACAAGGUGCCUUGGGCAACAACUCCAACUGGACGGAGAUGGUGAGCUUCAACAACACUCCGGGCAAGCGCUUGCUGCAGGGUGCCCUGGGCAACAGCUCCAACUGGACGGAGAUGGUGAGCUUCAACAGCACUCCGGGCAAGCGCUUGCUGCAAGGUGCCCUGGGCAACAGCUCCAACUGGACGGAGAUCGUGAGCUUCAACAACACUCCGGGCAAGCGCUUGCUGCAAGGUGCCCUGGGUAACAGCUCCAACUGGACGGAGAUGGUGAGCUUCAACAACACUCCGGGGGUCAACAACACUCCGGGCAAGCGCUUGCUGCAAGGUACCCUGGGCAACAGCUCCAACUGGACGGAGAUGGUGAGCCUUAACAACACCCCGGGCAAGCGCUUGCUGCAGGGUGCCUUGGGCAACAGCUCCAACUGGACGGAGAUGGUGAGCUUCAACAACACUCCGGGCAAGCGCUUGCUGCAGGGUACCCUAGGCAACACCUCCAACUGGACGGAGAUGGUGAGCUUCAACAACACUCCUGGCAAGCGCUUGCUGCAAGGUGCUCUGGGCAACAACUCCAACUGGACGGAGAUCGUGAGCUUCAACAACACUCCGGGCAAGCGCUUGCUGCAAGGUGCCCUAAGCAACAGCUCCAACUGGACGGAGAUGGUGAGCUUCAACAACACUCCGGGCAAGCGCUUGCUGCAAGGUGCCCUGGGCAGCAGCUCCAACUGGACGGAGAUGGCGGGCUUCAACAACACUCCGGGCAAGCGCUUGCUGCAAGGUGCCCUGGGCAACAGCUCCAACUGGACGGAGAUGGUGAGCUUCAACAACACUCCGGGCAAGCGCUUGCUGCAAGGUGCCCUGGUCAACAGCUCCAACUGGACGGAGAUGUUGAGCUUCAACAACACCCCGGGCAAGCGCUUGCUGCAAGGUGCCCUGGGCAACAGCUCCAACUGGACGGAGAUGGUGAGCUUCAACAACACUCCGGGCAAGCGCUUGCUGCAAGGUGCCCUGCUCAACAGCUCCAACUGGACGGAGAUGUUGAGCUUCAACAACACUCCGGGCAAGCGCUUGCUGCAAGGUGCUCUGGGCAACAGCUCCAACUGGACGGAGAUGGUGAGCUUCAACAACACUCUGGGCAACAGCUCCCGCGUGGCGCAGCAUUCUGAAGGUCGAUUCCUUCAGCGCCGGGAAGGGAGCACUGAGUCUUUGCCUUUUCGCGUUCUUCGUAGCCUCGGGCUGAUGUGA